UAUUUUUGUCAUUUUACCAAAUUCUAAAAGAGUAAAUAUUUUAGUAAUUCAUCGUAACAUUUUAAGUAUAUUUCUUUUAAAUAUUUUUUUCGUAUUUAAUUCGAUAAUUCUGAAUUUUCUGAACCGUUUGUUAUGAAAAUUCAAAAUGGAUGAAGCUUCUAGCGAUGAACAAAUUCAAGCAAGUCCAGUCAUUCAUCCAGUGAGACACAGAGGUCACCACAAGUAUGAGCUCAAAGCGACAGGCGAAGCGGCCAAGAACUAUGACUUCCUCGCUGCUAGACCCCCGGGGAAAAGAACUACGGUGGUGGAGUCGAUCGGCCACCUGAUCAAGAGCUGCCUGGGAGGCGGUGUGGUGGCGAUACAUGAGUCGUACAAGCAGUGCGGGCUGUGGACUGCUGUAGUGCUCACUGUGGUGCUGGGGUUGUGUGUCAGCUACUGUAUGUAUAUCUUGGCCAGGUCAGCUCAGAAGAUCUACGGGCGGGUCCAGGUGCCGUCCAUGUCAUAUCCUGACUUGGCAGAGGCGUCGCUUGCCAUCGGGCCCUUUGAGUCCUUGAAAAAGUACAGCAAAUGCUUUAGGUACGCGGUGGAUUUGACAAUAUGCGUGGACCUGUUCGGAUCGUGCUGCGUGUACCAGAUAAUGAUCGCCCGUACCAUCAAACAACUGAUCGAGGGCACAGACGAGGUCACUACCGGCGGUACCCCAUCUUUGAGGCACCUGGUCGCGGCGCUGCUUAUCCCUUGCAUUCUUCUUUGUAUGAUCACCACGUUGAAGUACCUCGCUCCGUUUUCGAUUGCCGCUGAUGUUAUUAUAUUGGUCGUAGCGGGAUCAACGGUAUACUACGCAGUGAAACAACAAACCAUGAGCCCCUUGGAGUUCCCCGUUUUCAAAACUGUGCCGGGUCUUUUUGAGUUCAUGGGGGUGUGCGUGUUUAGUAUGGAGGGAGUCGGAGUUACGCUUGCCAUUGAGAACUCUAUGGAAGAACCGAAAAAGAUCGCACUUGUUUUGGUUGGAGGUAUGUCAGUAGUGAUCGGUAUAGUGAUGUGCGUCGGCUUCUUCGGUUACUGGGGCUUUGGAGAGAAGUCCAAAUCGCCUGUGACGCUGAACUUCCCUUUGGAACCCUUCCCAAUAGCACUCAAAGUGUGCAUGGCUAUGAUGAUAUACGUCACCUUCGCCCUAAACUUCUGGGUGCCAUUCGAGCUGGUCUGGCACUACAUCAAGAGGCGCUACCAGGAGUCCAAGUACUGGCUGUGGGAGAGAGUGUGGAGGGCAGGCAUUGUCCUCAUCAUCACCAUCAUAGCUGUCAUCUUCCCCGCGGUCACCAAGUUCAUUGGACUGAUUGGAUCCUUCUGCCUGUCAAGUAUGGGUUUCAUAUUUCCAGCGUUCAUCGAGCUGUGCCUGGACUGGGAGGACCCAGGGCUUGGCAUCUUGAGGUGGAGGUUGUGGAAGUGUGUCAUUGUGUGCACGUUCGGCGCCAUUUUGUGUGUGGUCGGCACGUAUAUCAACGCUAAGGAGCUGGUCAAGGAGGUUUUCUAAGAAUUAGGCUCAGAAUAUUUCUUGAUGACUGAUGCUACUCCAUUUGGUAUAGUUAUCUUGCUUUGAAAAUUGAAAAUACUAAUUAUCGCAAACACAUUUUAAAAUUUUUGUUGUAAUGUAACAAGUUCACGGUUUUCAAAUUUUUUUCCAUAACUUCUGCUAUAGGACCUUAGGAGUAAAGGAAAAAAUCAUGAUUUUAGGUCAACGGGAACUAUCCUAUAGGUUUCU